AUGGGUGAUCCAUCAGAGUCAUGUUCCUUUGAGGAUCUCAUCCAAUCGAAGCUGUUCACCUUCUACAUUGGCAAAGAGAAGAAAGAGUUCGUUGUGCACUCUAAAGCGGUCGCCGCGAUCUCAUCACAUUUUCAUGCACUUGUGAACAAUGGCAUGAUGCAGUCGCAAGAAGGGUCCGUAGAGUAUCCGGACUUGCAACCGGAUGACUUUGCGCGAUUCGUUGAGUACUCAUAUCGUUGCGAUUACACUGCACCAUCUUGGACCUUGGAUGAGGGAAUUGUGAAGAUCAACGAGACGAAAGAGGCCACCAACGAUGUCGAAGACCCUCUACCACCACUGCCAGGUCCAGAACCACUAGCAUACGAGGAGAUGGUCUCGGAUCCCUAUAGGGGGUUGACCAAGUCUCAAGCAAGAAGGGCCAGAUUGCUGAGAGAAGCAAGCGUAAAUUCCAACCAAGCGACAAAUGCUCUGCGCCAGAACUUCCACGGGCGCGCAUACCUCACAUACAGCGAGCCAAAGACGGCAAUGCUUGAGCGCUUCCUGCCCACAGGGAAUUCCGCGCCAGAACAAGAUUUCACGCCUAUCUUCUUAGCGCACGCACGUCUCUAUACCUUUGCCUGUAUGCGUCUCAUCGACCCUCUCAAACGCCUAGCUCUACACAAGCUCCACCAAACCCUCCUCAAGUUCAAGCUCUACGAUCGACGAGUCGGGGACGUGGUCGAAUUGGCCAGAUACGCAUAUGAUAACGGCGAGGACAGGAAGCCCGAUGGAUCCAUCGAGGAUCUCAGGAAGCUGGUGGUGGAAUACAUAGCCUGUGAAGUGUCGACCAUCGGGAAGCAUGAAGCGUUUGCUCCUCUGUUGCAAGAGGGCGGAGAGUUUGUGGUCGAUUUCUGGCGCAUAAUCGCUAAGGAGAAUCUAUCUUUGUAG